UCAGUGAACCGUAGAAGCCAAGGGAAGGGCCGCGAAGCCAGGAGAAACAGAGUCCACAACCCGCCGAUCCCCCUACUACCCCGAUCUCUUUAUGGUUUCCGUUAACGCCAAGCCGGCCGACGGCGGAGGCGGCGGAGGAGCGGCGGUGCUCUUCUUCUCCGACCCUCACCACCACAAGCAGCCCAGCGGGCCCAUGGCACUCCCCGGGCUGGCCGGCGGUGGCUCCCUCGCGAGUCCCUCCGCGGCUGCCGCCGCCACCGCGUCGUCGUCCGACGACCCCAGCAAGAAGAUCCGGAAGCCGUAUACUAUCACCAAGUCUAGGGAGAGCUGGACGGAGCAGGAGCACGACAAGUUCCUCGAGGCCCUCCAGCUUUUUGAUCGUGACUGGAAAAAGAUAGAAGCAUUUGUUGGCUCGAAGACAGUCAUCCAGAUAAGGAGCCAUGCACAGAAAUACUUUCUGAAGGUUCAAAAGAAUGGGACAAGUGAACAUGUACCGCCCCCUCGACCCAAGCGAAAAGCAGCUCAUCCAUAUCCACAGAAGGCCUCUAAAAAUGGAACAUCUGCAGCUCCCCUGAUACCUCAAGUGACAACUCCACUUCAAGCUUCUCCACAUCUGCUUGAACCAGGGUAUGCCCUCACGACAGAUGCAUCUUCUGUGCUGCGGAACUCUACCACCAGCACAACAGUUUCUCCACGGGCUCAUAGUUCUGUUCAGCCUGUUAGUGCAUCUCAUGCAAUAAAAGAUGAUGUAGGACCUGCUGGAGCUAUUACGGCAAAUAACGGCUGUUGUAGCAGCACUGAGAGCCCAUCUAUAACUUGGCAAACUGGUGAAACAACUGAUCAAGAAAAUCAUGUCCCGUCUCUUCGUGUUAUGCCGGACUUCACUCAGGUGUACAGCUUUCUUGGCAGUGUGUUUGACCCGAAUACAAGUGGUCAUUUGAAGCAACUGAAAGAAAUGGAUCCAAUUGAUGUUGAAACAGUAUUGUUGUUGAUGAAGAAUCUAUCAAUUAAUUUGAUUAGCCCUGAAUUUGAGCCCCAUAGAAGGUUGCUCUCUUCAUACAGUAGCACAGAGGAAGUUAAACUUGGUAGUGCUAACAAGUCUCUCCAAGUUAGUGAACUAUGAAUACUUCAUUCAUGGUGAAGGGUGAAUGAAUGGCAUUCAAGCUUCUACGGCUGUAAUAUAUUCAGUUUGCAGUGGCUCAUACACUCCAAGGCAGUGAGGAUUAGCCUGCACAUCUAAGUGGGGAGUUUCUCCAUUUUCCAUUGUGAGCUUUCUCGAUCCACAAGCCUUGAGGUCUAGAAUAAUGCUUGUAGUAAGAUCUGGACAUCUGGUGAUGAGAUAACUCUUGUACAGAUCCCUGACGUCUUCUGUUUCUUAGGGUUUGAUUUGUGCGCGCAAUAUAUAUAUAUAUAUAUAUAUAUAUAUAUAUCAGCUUUUGCAAUCUAUGUAAAUUUCUGAGAAUUCGUGCCAGCAUAGAGGAUGCAUGCUGCUUGAUUUCUCCUGUAUCUAUAUUUUAUGUCAGUUUCCUAUGUAGAAUCCCUGACACAGUACCUCUUAAAGUUUUUAUGAAAUAUAUAACAAGGGCGAGUUACUCUUGAAUAAUGA